AUGGCACUCAUUAUCGAUCGUCUCAAUGACGAUAUUCUCCUCCUCAUCCUCUACUAUCUCCAGAGGCGAGACCUCCGCGCCUUGUCGCUCACCUCCAAAUACCUCCAUACGAUUUCCUCUCCAAAACUCUGGACAGUCGCUUUGAUAGACCGGGAUUUCUCAGUCUUUCGGUGGCACGAAAACAUUGGCACCAAUGCUCGUCAUAUCCGUGAGAUGGCGAUCCAUGUCGACGACAAGGCACUGAUGCUCCCCGAUGUCUUGUUCGCAACCACGAACAUCCGUUCCCUCGAGAUAUCCUGUAUUUAUCUCCACUUUGACGACCCGCGUCUUUCUACAGCUCUUUCAGGGCUGUGCGAGCUCCGGACACUCUCUUGUGUCGAGGUCCAGGACAAAAUGCUGCCGAUGAUCCAAAGCAUCCCCUCUCCCAAUCUCACAAGCCUCUGUUUACGCUACCAUGAAAACCAAAACGUUUCAGAUCACCUCCCCUCUCUCAUCUCAGCCAUCAGAUCCUUCCCUCGUCUUUAUGCUCUCAUUCUGCAGUACUUUAUGCCGACUACCGCUGUUGACAUCGCCAGCUACCCGCCAUUCCCCUCCAUUCAACAGCUCACCCUCGACGGCGUCAACAGGCCUGCGACAGACCUCGUUUAUUUGUGCCCCAAUGUCACCUCCCUGGAACUUUGUCUCGACCAUCCUCGCCAAGGGGAUCCUCACGAAUCCCAACCGAGAUGGCGCCCCUCGCAGGCGAUCCCUCGACUCACCCUCACGUUUCCGACCACGGAGGUCGGAGACCUCAUGGUCUCGUUACUGGGACACCGAGGCUUGUGCGCGACACACCUUCGACUCGAAUCCAUUGUCUGGGAGUUCACAGAUGACGGUAUCUCGUACACGGAGCACGAACCCGCGUGCCGACUCCCGCGCGUCCUCGCUGUGCUCAAGCCGCUCUCCCUCUACCUGGAGAUAUCAGCGACGGGGAACACGAAGCUUUCUGAUCGCACGGGAACCCUCUGGCAAGAGGUCGCCGCAGCUGCCCCGCGUCUGCGUGCGCUCGUGCUCCAUGUGGACACGUGCAGCGACGAUACCAGAUGGUUUCCCCCGGAUGCGCUCGCGGCGGAGCUCGCCCGGCUCCCGCUCGUCUGUGUCCAUCUCAAGGCGGACCCAGAAAUGCUCGGGGGGUCGAAGGGCCAAGCGGAGCGCCCACGCCUCCGCGCGCUCGCCGCGUUCCCCGGGAGGCUCGCCGCGGCCAUUCCCACACUGCGCGUGGUGGGCGUAUCGGACGGGUGGCGCGAGUCGGAGGGCAUGCGGUCCGAGCGGUGGUGGCGCGUCGAGCGCGAGGACGGCGACGGCGUGUCGCGAUGGCUGUUCGAGCUCUGGCGCGAGGACGGGGAGCGUGCGCUGCGGCUCGUGCAGAACGAGGCGUUCUGUAUGUCUGAUCUUGAUGACAUCUACUCAGAGAAGUGCUGUUACGUGCGGGGGUAG